UAAUCUAUAGCAAAUUAGGUUAUUAUUCAUUAUGUUUGAUUCAUUUCAUACAUCGUUGAUUAGAUGAUGUAUCUAAUUUCAAUAAUACUUUAUGUCGAAAUUAUACAAAAGAAAGGGUUUUGACUUCAGUGAAAACCGUCGUAACAUGACUAAUGUCAAAUAGGAUCAAAUUUUGCAAUGCUAAUAACAGUAAUAAUGUUCGUUUAGCUGAUAAGAAAGGGAUCAGGGAAUAGAAAUAAAUACAUUUUUAACAAGAAAUGUUUUUAGUAGGUUUGACAGGAGGAAUAGCCACUGGGAAAAGUAGCGUUGCUGCUAUUUUUCAUGAAUUCGGUAUACCUGUCAUUGAUGCUGAUCAAAUUGCACGAAAAGUUGUAAAACCUGGAAAGCCAGCUUGGCAUAAAAUACGAAAAGAAUUUGGUUCAGAGGUGUUCUUAGAUACAAAUGAACUUGAUAGAACGAAGCUUGGAGAUAUAAUAUUUAAUGAUGUUGAAAAAAGAAAAAAAUUAAAUGCCAUAACACAUCCAGAAAUAUAUAAAGAAAUAUAUUGGCAAACAUUCAAAUAUUUUCUACAAGGACAUCAGUUUAUAGUUAUGGAUUUGCCAUUACUUUUUGAAACAAGACAUAUGUUGAAUUAUUUACAUAAAAUAAUUGUUGUAACUUGCGAAGAAGAUUUGCAAUUACAACGACUUAUGGAAAGAUCAGGUUUCUCAGAAGCUAAAGCAAAACUAAGAAUUGCUGCACAAAUGUCGUUGGAAAGGAAAGCAGAAAUGGCAAAUUUUGUUAUUGAAAAUUCUGGCAAUAUACAUGAUACCAGAGAGCAAACUAUUAGAAUUAUUAAUGUUUUAAAGGCUUCCAAAUACCAUUGGAAGUUACGUUUUUUGGUUGGACUUUGUUGUACUGUUUUACUAACAGGUGUAUAUUGGUUACGAAGUAGAAAAAUAUGAUGUUUACCAACUAUAGUGUAAUAGUCGUUCACUUACAAAUGCUUAUAAACACAAAUACCAAAUUAUAGUGAGAUCUUAAUACUGCAUUUGUCAAAUUUAGAAAUUAACCUGUUUGUAUAAAUAAAUGAGAUAAUUUAAGAAAGUA